CUGAUCUUUUCUACCAUUUUAAUUAAUAAAUAGCUUUAAUUCCUCUACGAGUUGACGCCACUGGUAAUAACUGCCGGCCGGCAUCUCUAGUUUUUUAUCGGAAUGUACACAAAAAGAAUAAAGAAUCCCGGCGAGCGUUGGUGCCUCUACGAUGAUUCACAGAAUUCGAGUCACGGGGUGGGAGUCUCGUGACAUCAAAACUUGGCAUUGGCCAGCCAUGAUUGCACCUCCCUCCAAUAGACGUAAAUGCGAACCUUCUAUGUGAGAGGAAAAGAGAUCAUGUGAUAUUUCUAUCCCGCUUUUUAUGCGGUGAGUGAACGCGAACGGUGCGCCAUAUUUAUGUCGUCAUUUUUAGAAACUUUCAGAUCAUUGAGCUAUUCAGACGUGUACAGCUUAAUUUUUACGUAUUGUCUGAAGUGUUUUUGAAAAAUCGAUAAUAGUUGUGUUUUUCGGUGAUCUUUGAGAUUCAGCUACUAAUAUUUGUUAAAAAAGUUGUUGGAUCUUCAAGAGGUUUCAAAAGAGAGCCCACACGCAUUGUUUUUUGAGUUGAGAGUUUCACACGCUCAACUCCAUUCCUGCUAAGGUCCCUUUGGGAGUCAACAUUUUUAGAGAAGGACAGGAAGAAUUUAAUUCCCUGUCAACAUGGUACCAGCGGUCGAAGCUACCCACCUUUGUGGAUCCUACCGAGAAAUAUCUGCAAACAAAACUUCACGAGAUAAACGACAGCUAUACCAACCAGGACAUGAACAUGGCCAACGCAGACAACAGAAGGCACUUGCUAGGAGGCGAAUCAUUGGAUCCGGCUUCUCUGAUCUGCGUCAAUCCUUACGAAGUGAAUCCGUUGUCGGACGGGUCAGAUUUAACUUACGCAACAGUCUCCGCAGAUAUACCGCUAAAGGUCGAAUCCAGUGUUUCACCACAAAACCAGGACGGAAUAAGCUGUGGUGGGUUUUACGGGCCAGCGAGGAAAAUCAAAUUGGAAAUGGAGGAAUUUGGCGACCUCUCGCCCUUCGUCCCGCAAAAGCGGACGUUCUCAAACUGUAUAGAUGAACUCAACACUCCAAUAUUCGAUAAAGAUGCUUUUGAUUUCGACAUCUUAAAUUACGAGAAAAAUGUCCAUGCCGACGUACAUGUUACGUUGAAAUACGACACACAAUUUUGCCGCAACGGUGGCGGCGUCAACGCCGCCGAUUACCAGCCGCAUCAAGAGUUCAAUACUAACAAGGACAUUUUCUUGAAUGCAGAUUCAAUAAUGCGUCGAAACGUAACCAUCUUACCGCUAGAAAAUAUUCGACUAAAUGAAACCGACGCGAACGUAAUAUAUUCACCGCCCGCGUCGGAAAACGGUACAUACAUUGAGACCAUGUCGCCCGAAAACCAAACGGUCUUCGACUUAGACAUGAACAAUAGUGUUAGUGUUAAUCUAAGCAGUAGGAACUCUUCGCCGUACGGGCAAGUUACGCCCGAGGGCAGUGAAAAAUCCUACAAACCCAAGUACUACAGUCAGAUUACUCCCGAGGGCAGUGAAAAAUCCUACAAAACCGAGUACUACAGUCAGAUCACUCCCGAUGCCAGCGAGAAAUCCUACAAAACCGAGUACUACAGUCAGAUCACUCCCGAUGCCAGCGAGAAAUCCUUUAAAAUCGCCACUCCGGGAGUGCCUAAGCUGUCUAUGGACAUCAAUUUGGCGAAUUUGGACAACCAGACCGCCAUCUUGGACGUUAGUACGCCCAAUUUGAUAGCCGAAGUCGUCAAUCUAGAAGCCACAGGAUUUAACAUCUUGGACCUCAUCAACGAGGAUAAUCUGCCCAUAACUACUGACGAUAUAUUCUCGCCAACGUCACAUCCUUACGGCCAAAAAUCGCUCGACCAAUCUCAGAAGAGGAUAGCUGUUAAACAACCUAGGAAACGGCGCUCAAAGCCAGACGAAGAUGACGACGACGAAGACUAUGUUCCUCCUACUAAAAAGUCUAAUACUUAUCGUAAGAAAAGUAGGGUUAUCCAGGAAUAUUCCGAGUCUGACAGUGAAGAGGAGGAGGACGAUAGGCCUAGGAAAAAAGCUAGAGGAAGACCUCCGAAGAGGAGGACAGAAUCUAUUUCAUCUGAUUGUUCUCUAGGAAGGGAUGGUGACGGUUCCAAGUAUAGAGAGUUGAGAGACAAAAACAACGAGGCGUCUCGUAAAUCGAGACUCAAACGGAAAACGAAGGAACUCAUUCUGGAACAGGAGGCCGACGAAUUAAACAUUAAAAAUAUUAAGCUGAAAGCACAAGUGGAAGAAUUGGAAAAAAUGGUGAACAAUUUCAGAGAUAAUUUGUUUAAGAUAAUGAUUAACAAGUAGUAAUUUAGUAGGUAACUAGGUAACAUAAUUGGCAACAAGUCUAGUAAUUAGGUUUAAGGUGUUAAUUAUAUUAUAUAUAUUUUUAUAUUUAGUCACUUGUUGGGCUCCAUGUAGAUUUGUUUAAUAUUUUAAACGUUUGUUUACUGUUUUUUUUUCUACUUGGAUCGGUUCACAGAAAUGUGAUUUCGUGGUGGACCGUUUUGUUUUAUUUGGUGUUCACCAAUUGAGAUCUUACAUUAAGGUCCAUUUUGUGUUUUCAGACUUAAAAAGUGAAGAGACUCUUUAACUGUAUUCUUGAUAACGCUAGCACUAUUUUUACUUUAUUAUAAUUUGUUAUAAAAUAUGAAAAAUGUAUGUACCUGUAUUAUUUAUAAAUGAAUUCAGUAAUAAAAGUUUUAUAGUAUUGAA